CUAAAUACUGGAAAUUUAAGUAACUACAGUUAAGGGCAUUUAAUCAAAGAAUUUGGUUAGGUACUUACCCACAUUAGUAUUGACAUACUUUCUUAAGCAUUCAUUAUACAACUAAAGCACUUAUUUUAUUUGACUUUAUUCGUGAUUUCCUCUUAAAAUUCUGAUAAUAUCUAAAUGAUAAGAGAAUACUAAGAAAUUUAUAAAUGAUUGUCCAUUUUGGAGAAAAUUAUUGCAAAUUGUAAGCUCUAAAUACAUAUAUGCAUCAAUUUUAGAUUCGUGAGGGAAGAACUUAAAGGUGUAAAACCAUUUACCCAGAGAGAAGAAUAUUUUUGCAGACCAAUUAAUACAUAACUAACAACAAAAUUUGAAUCUUCUAAAACUUAAAAUGGGAAUGAAUUAGUUUAAUAGGAAAUUAGAUUAGGCUAGAAGUGGGUAUCAAGACUGAGUUGAAAAGAGUUUUAACUAUGUAGAAUUAACUUUUGAAGUUAGUUAGAAAAAUCC